AUGGCCGACGAUGCUGCUUACCUCGCUGAGUACAAUGGCGGAGCCCUAGUAGGCACUGCCGUGUCCUUCCUCGUCUUAACCUUCUUCUCUGUUGGGCUACGCACAUAUGUGCGGGGAGUCUUGACGAAGAGCUUCAUGGCCGAUGACUGGCUCAUGCUGGCUUCUCAGGCCGUAUUUACCGUAUCAUGCACAUUCAUACUGCUCGGCGUCGACAUAGGGCUGGGGAGGCACAACAGGUCACUGCCACAAGGCCAGGAGAUAGAAGCACUGAAGUGGCAAGCCCUGGCAACGGCAACAUACGUGCUUAACAUGAUGUUCAUCAAGCUGUCGAUCGGCUUUUUCCUCCUGCGGCUGGCGAUGCAGAAGCGUUACCUAUACACCAUAUAUGGGACCAUGUUUGUCGUCCUGAUCUGGUCGCUGGCCCUGUUUCUCUGGGACAUAUUCCAGUGCAGCCCCGUGCCGGCCCAGUGGGACUACACCAUCCCGAACCUGAAGUGCGUCUCGGCGCAGGAGGUCGUCAACGCCGCCUACUCCUUAUCCGUCAUGACCAUCCUCACGGACUGGCUGUUUGCGCUGCUCCCGAUCCCGAUGAUCUGGCAUGUCAAGAUGAGCGCGCAGGCCAAGGCCACGGUGGUUGUGGUCUUGGGCUUGGGCAUUUUCGCAUCCAUCGCGACUCUCAUCAGGCUUAAAUUCCUGUCCGACUUGACGGAUACUACCGAUAUUCUCUUCGCUGGAACCGAAGCCAUGGUCUGGACCCUCGUCGAGCCGGGAGUAGCAAUCGUCGCAUCAAGCCUCGUCACCAUCCGACCCCUACUCCGCAAGAUGCGCCUCAAGGGCUUCGAGUCGACAGAGCAGAGCCACGGCCUGCAUUUCACGGGCCAGAGCGGGAGCGGCGCCAUAGGCUCCAGGGGCGCCACCCGAUCGGGCACGCGGCGGACAAUCGGUAGCAUGCCGGGGUACGGGCCCGAGAACAUCAAGCUAGCGGACCUAGAGCCCGGGUUCGGGGGCAACAAGGGCUACUGGUCGCAGGGCACGACGCUGACGUCGCGAGGGUCGACCCAGGCGGGCUGGAACGGCCGGGGCGUCGGGGUGGCGAUCACGGUGCAGGAGGACGACGAGGACGCCGACAGGAUAUCGCCGGUCGUGGGACACGGCCACGGCUACGGUCAUGGGAUCGGCAACGGGCACGGAGGCAGCGGCGGGUCGUCGCCCGACAGCGGCGUGUUUGUCAUCGAGGGCCCGUCGAGGCCGCACCCGACCGUGCAGGCGGCCGUGUGGAGGAGCGAGACGCCCAUCAGCGCCGAGGAGUCGGAGCACAGCCAGGGGCUGAGAUACCCUGGACACUACGAUGCUGGCACACGGAGGGGGGCUUCGCCUGACUUCCCCAUACAAAACUCUCGAUAG